UAUCAACAUAGAAAGCCAAAAUGACAGAACUCAAAUGGAUAUGCCUUUGCUUCUCACUAACACUGUUGCUCAGCUUAGCAGUUGGAUCCCAUAACACAGUCUCUCAGAAAUGGUCUGUUGGAAACCACUUUGGUUACGAUGGAGGCUUUUGUCUUCCCGGACUCUGCAUUAGAGGAGCCGGUGGUAGCAGAGUCAAUUUUGGCCGUGGUGGUCGCGGAAGAAUGCGAUACAAUGGUGGCAGGGACAGGACUGGUAUCAGAGAGACCAUGUACUGCAAACCGCUGACUUGCUGGUCUGGCUCAUGUGAUGCACUCCAUUUGCAUUUAGACAAAGGGCUGUACAAAUCUCUCGUAGCAGCAAAACAACCAUCAACUGUUGAUUACAAGAUCCCCGAGACGUUCAAACACAAUAAUGUCAACGAUAAUUAUGAAGUGCAAGAGGCUGCAAUGACACCACAAUCUAACUAGCUAAUGAAGUUUUUAGUCUUUUGUCGUUUGAAUUUGUAAUAAUUAACAUAAUUAAUCUCAAUAAGUCUCAUCAGACCGAGAUGUUGUUAUCACAAGAACAUUAGUGGAAUAUUUCACUCGUGUAAACAGAGAAAUAAUAAACUAGUAGAAUAACAAAUUUUACUUA